AUGGUGUCCGAUGGCUCUGGUCCUGCCGCUUCCGGCCCUGCAGCCACGGCCGACUGGGCUUUCGAGGUCGGCAAAGCGUUCGCGUCGCAGUACUAUACCGUGAUGCACACGCAACCGCACGAUGUGCACAAGUUCUACGUUGACGAGAGCAAAUUCACGCGCGCCGAGCGCCUCGGCAUUCCCGGGGAAACUGUGACGACCAUGCAGGGUAUCCACACCAAGGUGAUGUCAUUGGAUUCAUGCGAAGUCAAGGCGGAGAUCAAAUCCGUGGAUUGUCAGGAGUCGCUCUCUGGCGGCGUUCUCGUGGUGGUAACCGGCGCGCACUGUUACAGCAGCAGCGAGCGCCGCGGCUUCGUCCAGAGCUUCUUCCUCGCGCCGCAGCAGAACGGCUUCUACGUCCUUAACGACAUCUUCCGGUUUCUAGAGGACGCGCCGCCGCCGCAGCCGCCCGCCGUAGUUAAACACGCCGUUGGUGGGGGGACUAAGUCGGCCGCGUCUGCCGAUGGAUCAGCUGCAGCUGCUGCUGCCGGGAGUGGGUCUCAGGCAGGUCUGGUGAACGGGCACGCGGCGGAUCAAGCGGCAGGGUCCCGGGAGGUUACAUCUGUGGAUCACGCCGUGCGAGAUGUAACGGUCGACGAGGCGUCCCAGGCGUCCGCGCCUGCCGCCGCCCCCAGCGCCGCAGCCGGCGGAGCCGGGGCUCCCCCGGCCGCGGACGACGGCGCAGCGGGGGAGGAGGUGCAGGUGAUUCGGGAAGUGCCUGAGUCGGUCGUUUCCGUGGAUCAGGGCCAAGGGCAGGGUCAAGGGGCGGGAGCGGGAGCCGCCGCAGCAGCGGCGGAAGGGGAGAAGGCGGAAGCGCCUGUUGCGCCUUCCGCCCCAGUUUCCGCGCCUGCUGUCCUUCCGAGUCCUGCGGGCGGGGAAGCGGCUGCGGGAGCACCAGCGGCGUCAGCUGUAGCACCAGCUGUAGCAGCGGCACCCGCAGCAGCAGCAGCAGCACCGCCUGCAGCAGCGGUAGCGCCUGUAGCAGCUGUAGCUCCAGCGGCGGCGGCAGCACCAGCUGUAGCUGCGGCACCUGCUGCUGCGUCUGCGUCAGAUGAACCGGCCCCUAAGAAGUCUUACGCCUCUAUUCUGCAAGCCAUGCGCGCGCAAUCCGCAGCUGCCUCACCCGCGGGCGCCUCCGCGGGCGCAGCUUCCGCGCCUGCCUCCGCCACUCCCCCCGCAGCCGCGCUUCUGGGGGCGGUUGCGCCCAGGCAGCCGCCGCUGCUCCCUCCCGCAGCGAUUGGGGGCGCUGGGGCGUUUGUGGGGCAAGAAGCAGCGCCGCCUGGAGCAGCAGCUGGGUUCUCUGCUGGUUUGCUUGCCCCUGCUCCUGGGUUCGCUGCUGGUGGUGGUGGGGUGGCAGAGGAUACCAAUGCUGCUGACGAAGCCGCAGGGGAGGGCCGCGCUGUGUUUGUGCGCAACCUGCCAGUGCGGAUUACUGCCAAGGAGAUUGCAGAGCACUUCAGCCAGUUUGGAGCAGUGAAAGCGGAUCGCAUUCAAAUUCGGGGCAACAAGGCCAACAACCCCGCUACAGUGUACGCGUUUGUGGAGUUUGAGGAACCUGCAGCAGCACAAGCAGCAGUGGAGAAACAAUCGAUCAUGGUGGGGAAUUUCCAGGUGAAGAUCGAGGAGAAGAAGGCUUCAAGCACUAACCGAGGCUCGUAUCGUCGCACGGGAGGGGGCCGAGGAGGCUCAGAUCGCCAAUACCGCGAAGGCAGCAGCAACUUCACCGGUGCUGCUGCUGGUGUUGGUGGUGUUGGUGUUGGUGCUGCUGGUGGUGUUGGUACUGGUGCUGCUGGUGCCGGUACUGGUGGGAGUGUUGGUGUUGUGAGCAACAGGGGUGGGCGUGGGGGUUCAGGUUUCGGUUCUCGGGGUCAGCCGCAGGUGCAGGGGCAGGGACAGUGGCAGGGGCAAGGGCAGGGGCAGGGAAUGCAGCAGGGGCAGGGGUUGACCGGACAGGGAGUGCAGGGGCAAGGAUUCCAGCAGGGUCAGGGGUUACAGGGGUUUCAGCAGCAGGGGUAUGGGGGAGGUGAUGGGGGGAGUGGGGCGGGGCAGGGAGGAUGGUCGUCGAGUGGAGGGGGGAGGGGAAGAAGAGGGGGACAGGGGCGGACAGGAGGGAGUAGAGGAGGGGGUCAAGGAGGGGGGGUCGCAGUGGUGGCUCCGUCGUAA